UGUGUGUUCUCUGGUUAGAAGCCGCCAAGCCUGGAGAGAAGCUUGUGCCUGCAGCUGACCUGCUUCGAGGAUGACGCGAAUUUCAUUGUUCCUACCUCUCCUCAGGGAGAGCAAUCAGACUGCCUACAUGCCCUCCCGGAUUUGGUGCCAUAUGCUGCUGUGGACAGCUGUGCUGAAUGUUGUUGCUGGGACACAUGCGGAUCUUCCCAAGGCUGUGGUGAAACUUGAGCCCCCGUGGAUCCGGGUGCUCAAGGGAGACCUUGUGACGCUGAAGUGCGAAGGGUCCCACAACCCCGGGAACUCUUCCACCCAGUGGCUCCACAAUGGGAGGUCCAUCCCGAGCCAGGUCCAGCCCAGCUACACGUUCACAGCCACGGUCAAUGACAGCGGAGAAUACCGGUGCCGGAUGGAGCAGAGCGGCCUCAGCGACCCUGUACAUCUGGACGUGAUUUCCGACUGGCUGCUUCUCCAGACUCCUCAACUGGUGUUUGAGGAAGGUGAAACCAUCGUGUUAAGGUGCCACAGCUGGUUGAACAAACGCCUGAACAAGAUUACAUUCUUCCAGAAUGAAAAAGCUGUGAGAUUUCAUCAUAACAACGAUACGUUCUCCAUCUUAAAAGCCAACCACAGUCACAGUGGCGACUACUACUGCAAAGGAUUUCUAGGAAGGCGAUAUCAGUCGUCCAAGCCUGUGACCAUCACUGUCCAAGGGCCCAAAUCCAGCGGUUCUUUACCAGUAUUGACAAUCAUAGCGGCUGUCACAGGAAUUGCUCUCGCAGCCAUUGUCAUUAUCAUAGUAUCCUUGAUCUAUCUCAAGAAAAAAAAGGCUCCAGCUCUCCCAGGAAACCCUGAUCACAGGGACAUGGGAGAAACCCUUCCUGAGGAGCUAGGUGAGUACACUGAGCCCACUGAGGGCUCAGUGCCGGUCAGCCCAGGGCCUCCACGUGGACUGGAGCCAGCAAGCAGCAGCUCGUACAAUCCUUCUGAUCCCGAAGAGGUUGCCAAAACCGAGGUUGAGAAUUCAAUCACCUAUUCCCUUCUCAAGCAUCCCGAAACUCUGGAUGAAGAAGCGGAUCCUGACUACCAGAACCACAUUUAAUCUCCCUUGUCUUGGUUUGGGAUUGGGAAAAGAGAACCAGAGAGGCCAGGCUCUAGUGUCUCCUGGUCAAAGGGAUGCUGUACAUAUUACUCACCUGUGUGAGUCCUGAAACCAACAGACACUACACUACUGGUCCCCAGUGGUUGACUGUACUAAUAAAGACCAUGACUUAACUGCUUCCCAACUCAAGACUCUUCUGCUAUAGAUCCACACGGCCAAUGAAAUUAAUCAACUUAUUAAGAGACUGCGGCAAUGUGGGAACUGCUUAUAUUACAGGCUACAUGUUAGGAUGUCUGAUCUCAGCAAGGAAAAACUAGACUUGUACCAAACAUGUCAAAAAGUGAUGCUUCAGGCUGCUGGAAUGAUAAGCAACUUUAAUCUUCUUCCUUGUUUUUCUAUAAAGGUCACAUGUUACUUUUAUAGUAAAAUACUGUAAAAACAACUUUCUGUUUACUCUUUCAGGGCUGUAGUGAUUGGUGUGUAGUCUGAGCUCUCUGGGGAUUCUGUUGGGCUUCUGGGAGGAGGAUCUUGGGGAGAUGGGUUAACACUGCCCUGGGGAGACAAAAGCAUCUCAGAUAGGACACUCAUGACAAAACAAAGCAAUGAUUAUACCCAAAUCUAGCUUGGUGCACCAAUGAGUUUACUGGGCUAACUUACAGGAACAUGGGUGAGGGGUUCUUUUCAGGAGUGUGGGUCACCUUGAAAGAGCAGUUGGGGAUGGUUUAUUUGAUCUUCUUCAAACACUCAGUCCUGAGGCCUCUGCCUCCAGAGCUCCCACAGUGACAAGCAUGCACUACAAGCCUCACAGCCAGCCCAGUAGGAGCAGACAGGCAAUAGGGUAGAGAGCAGAGGGUGAUUUGGAAUAAAGGGCAAGUGCCCCUCUGCUUCACACUGACCACUUUUCCAGUGAAUUUUUCUUCUUGUUUCCAUGCCUCCUUCUUCUCCUUCCUCCUCUGACAAAGUAGAAUAAUCACUCUGUGGUUUUUCUUUGUUUCUUUGUUUGUUUGUUUUUUUGAGACAGGGUUUCUCUGUGUAGCCUUGGCUGUCCUGGACUCACUUUGCAGACAGGCUGGCUUCAAACUCACAGAGAUCCACCUGCCUCUGCUCCCCCUGAGUGCUGGGAUUUCAGGCUUGCGCCACCACGCCCAGCCAAUCACUCUGUUAUGUAACAGAAAGUUAAACUUCAGAUGAAUGGAAGCAGGAACUGAAAGAUGGCCUUGAACUGAUCUUCCUGCUUUUCUGUUUCAAUUGCUGGGAUUAUAGGCAUGUGCCAGCAUACCCAGCUGCUACAUGUACUUUUAAAAUCAGAUUACCCCAGGAAUGCUAGCAGAGACUGAUGUAUCAACCAAGGACGGUGAAGGGAGAGGACCUAGACCCCCCUGCUCAGAUGUAGCCCAUGGGCACCUCAGGCUCCACGUGGGUCCCCGAGUAAGGGGAGCAGGGGCUCUCUCUGACAUUAACUUAGCAUGCUGGGACUACAUGUUACGGGUGCAGGCAUAUAAGGGACAAAAGAGCAGAAGUCCUCUGAUGUCCUCAUUGCCCUUAAUUCUGCUCACGCUCUCUCUCAAAUGAAUAACCGACGUUGGAGGUGUUGUGUACAUUUGGAUGUAUAUUUACUAUAUCAUAGCUUUUAGAAAGCCUACACAUGAGAUACUUUACACAUGAUUAUGUUGUUGACUCAUUUUGGCGGGGUCUUUCUGGAUCUCAGCCUAGCUCCAGGUUCAUUGAGAGAACCCAUCUCACAGGAUUAAGCCGAGAAAGACAGGGCAGGACACCCAGUGUUUUCCUUUGACCCCUGCUCACCCACGCAUAGGCACUCCCCCAUGUGUGUGCGUACAAAAGACACAUAAAUAACAUAAAUAAAUUAAUAAAUAAGAAUAGAAAAUACUCUCGCCAGAAUUUCUGCUUUGAGCUCCCUGAUAACCAAGACAUCUUGCGUGGCUCUUAGUGGUUCAGUCCAAACACACAGAAAAAUAAGGUCAUUUGACACCACGGAGAAUGCAUCUGGAAGUUCUUGUAUUACUAACGUGUACCUUUAAAUAAAAGCCUUACAUGUCCCAAGGAAUCUAGUGCGCUUUUUCUCAGAUCCUCUUUAGCAAGGCUUCUCCUGACCACCGCUAUUACUUUGUUUUUAUUUUCUCAGUGGUACAGUAUAGGUAAAUUAUGUAUCUUCUUGUUUAUAUAUUCUCAUAUAUAUAUGCUAAAAUGUAAGCUCAAUACUGUCCUUUGUUUUCAUUAUUCACUAAUGUACUCCAGAGACCAGAACUAUAAUACAUUAGAUUGUUGAAUGAAUUAAUGAAUAAAGCUUUCCUCUCGUA